AUUCUGGAACUCGUAUAAACAAAAAAAGUUUUAUUUUAUUGGUUCCAAUUUAGUCCUCUGAUCUUUCUAGCUAUUGAACUCUGAAAAGACAUAACAGCACAAUCAAGCGGUGAACAAAAAUGGUGGUGAUAGAGGCUGAAGAAGUAUCGUCAUCAUCGUCAAAAACGACGACGCAUUCAACCAAAGAAACUGAAACUAUAAAACCAGCAGCAGAAACGAAUAUGAACGGAAACGACUCCGAUGGAUUCGAAACGGCAAGCGAACGCGAAGUUAGCGACAACGAAGAUCAACAAGUAAAAGAGAAUCCGGACUCUAAUCAAAACGACGACGAAUUAAAACAGAAAGAGGCAUUAGAAGAAGCGAAUGAAGCGAAAUUGGAAGGAAAUAAAGUGUUUGGAGAAGGGAAAUAUGAGGAAGCAUUGUUAAAAUAUGAAGUUGCCUUACAAGUAGCACCUGAGAUUCCUUCUUCCGUGGAGUUACGAUCCAUAUGCCAUUCGAAUCGCGGUGUAUGCUUCUUGAAAUUGGGAAAAUAUGAGGAUACAAUCAAGGAAUGUACUAAAGCCCUAGAGCUUAAUUCUUCCUAUAUCAAAGCUUUGCUUAGAAGAGGAGAGGCUCAUGAAAAACUUGAACACUUUGAGGAGGCUAUAGCUGAUAUGAAAAAAAUCUUGGAAUUGGAUCCUUCAAAUGACCAAGCUAAGAAAGCCAUCUAUCUCUUGGAGCCGUUGGCUGCAAUAAAGCGAGAAAAAAUGAAAGAAGAGAUGAUUGGGAAGCUGAAAGAACUGGGUAACAAUGUUCUGGGUCGAUUUGGGAUGAGUGUGGACAAUUUCAAAGCUGUUAAAGAUCCAAAUACUGGUUCUUAUUCUGUUUCUUUCCAACGGUAGUCUUGUGGUAUGAGACCAAACAAACAAUGUGAGAAGAAUGAAGGCUGUCCACUAGAAUGAUAUAGAAUCAGUGGGUGGGAAGUAACAUAUGGAAUGCGUGCAUAAUUUGACAAGAUUUUUGUUUCUCUUCAUGAUGGAGCGUAUGUUGUGCAGUUUGUAAAACCUUAAAUUGAAGAACUUGAACUGUAAUGCUUGGAUUAAUAGCUUAAACAGUCUCUUUUCGGUUUUCACAAGUUUCCUUGAUGCACGACUUAAUGUUUUGUCAUUGUAAUGCCUGGCUACCGUUUAAUUCCAUUCAUGUUCUCUGAUUA